UAGUUUUAUAUUUUAACACAAUGAAGUCUAAAAAAUCUAUAGCUUUCGUUGAAAAACUAAUUGAAACAAUGCAUAGCUCAGACUUGGAAGAUAGUGAGAGGCAAACCAAAAGCAGAUCACGUUCAUCCAGUUCUCAUUCAGUAAGAGAGGAGGGCGGCAGUAAUCGUAAGGUGCUUGAUCAACUAAAUCAGGAAUUUGAUCAGGAUAUUGUACGCUUGGAACAUUCUAUAUGCUCAUUGGAAUUUCGCGAGAAAUCAUUGGCCACCGCAUGGAUAGCCAAAUUGAAAACAACUCAACGAAAAGUCCAUGAGGCCAAAGCAAGAAAUCAAAUUCUAGCCUAUAUAUUGAAAUGUGUAAAUGAAAAUGUAUUUAAUCAUGAGCCAUUCAAUAAGCCACCACCCAGUCUCAGUUUGUCCACCAUUAAGGCAACUUUGCAUCUAACAUAUAAUACCACAUGCAUGGCUACGGCCAGUCAGCAAGAGAAAAAUAAAUAUCUUAGCGAGUUAUUUAACAAUUGUUACGAUGCUGGCGAUUUUCUAUCCCAAUUGCCUGUGCCACGUGAUGGUGCAUUCUUUGUGUUGCAUAUGCGUCCAAAUUUACAGUGAAUUUCAUUUCUUUUGUAAAACCAAAUUAGCAAAUACAAAAAAAGUACGUGACACCGCAAUUUACUUAGUUUUCCAAUUUGUGUGGCAGGCCCAAAAACCA